GUUGUUGUGAGCCGCUCAUCUGUUUUCAGUUGAUCGGAGAAGCAACCAAGCGUCGAUUUGGGAGGGGAAUCACUUCCUUAUCAGUCGUACACUACGUGACUGAGUUCUUUCUUUGGGUGCCUGACUUUUGUUUGUUUCCUCAGAGGAAUCAUUCAUUUUCGUGGAACAAAGAACUGUCAAAUGUGGAAUAUUAUAUGUAUUGGCCUGCUGGCUGGCCUAAUCCCCCAGCCAAGCUUCAGCACCACUCCAUUCGAGUUUCCAGAAGCCAGCCAUGUUUUUAGUCCCAAUGUUAAGAGAAUCUUAGACGGUCUUUCAUUGAAUCAAUGGCAAGGAUUUGUAAAUUCUGGACUAGAUUCUAUCAACAGACAAAAAAGACUGGAGGAAAAUCUGGUAAACUCUGCAAUCACGGUCCAAAACGGCAGCGUCUCCCAUGCCCAAUUGUUGGACACACUACCUAAUAAGAAAUCCAAUGAGGACAGCGAUGUGGCUCUGAAAAUUCUCAAAUCCAGCCUUUUCGUAUAUAACUCCCAGUGUGCUCCAAAUGCAAUAAGUGGCGAAGAGUGUCGUCGGUAUUUGGAAACGAAGCCAUUGCCGCCAGGAAGCCUCAAGGGGCAGUGUGAGAACUUGUUGCAGAGCCGUCGUGACGGUCAUUACGCUUUUCGAAGAUUGCUCGAUCGUCACUACAAGAAUGGAUUCCAUAAGAUGUAUGAUGACGACGACUUGCCUGGAGCUUGGCCCAUUAGUAUGGCAUUGUAUGAACAUGUGCCUGGAAGUGUCCCGCCGGAAGAUCAAAACGAAAGCCCCAACCUUUGCCUUGUUCAAUGGGCACAAUUCAUUGAGCAUGACCUCAGCAAACCAGUCUCACAAUCAAUGACCAUCGGAUCACCAAUAGAGUGUUGUAAUAGUGACCAAAAUAAGCUACAGCCCAGAUACCAUCAUCCCGUAUGUGCGCCAAUUUUAUCCAAACAAAUUGGGAAAUUUGGUAGGCCAAAUUGUCUUAACUAUGUGAGAAGUGCCUUGGCAGUGGAUAAUUGUAAUUUCGGAGCCGCCGAGCAGCUUAAUCAAGCCACUGGAUAUUUGGAUCUGUCCCAGUUAUAUGGCUUUACCAUAGCGGCGGAAAGAAAAAUGCGUUCCUUCAAAUAUGGCUUACUAAAGGCCAGAUCGAAUGGCUCCCAUCUUAAUGAUUUGCUGCCAAUGACCGCAGAUAUCGAUAACGAUGGACAGAAACAUACCUUUUGCACCUGGACUGAUAGCGGCAAUUCAACAUGCUUUGCUGCAGGCGAUUCACGUGUCAAUAGCAAUCCAUACUCAAUUCUCAUAUACACGGUCUUUAUGAGGAAUCAUAAUCGAAUUGCUGCAGAGCUGCGUGCCCGAAAUAAUGGCUGGAGUGACGAACAGCUCUUCCAAACGGCCAAGGCCAUCAAUGUGGAUAUUUAUCGACGUGUUGUUAUGGAUGAGUGGUUGCCAGAAGUUCUGGGUGAGCGUCUUGCCAACGCAGUGAGGGCGGCCCCGCCAUUAUCCACUCGACAACGGCCACCUGAAGUGUCCAAUGAGUUUGCUGUGGCUGCCAUUCGUUUCUAUUACUCAAUGCUCCCCAACGCAGUGCUCAAUGUAGCUACUGAAAAUGAUAAUGAUUUUCCCAGUAGUGUUCAGCCACAAACGAAUCUAUUCGUACUUGAGGAUGAAAUUUAUAAGCCCCAAUUGCAAUACACUGCCCAAAAACUCGAUGAAAUACUGCAAAGCCUUCUCAAUCAAAGAGCGAUGAAAAUGGAUGCCUCGUAUGUGGGUUCUAUUACUUGGCCUGAGAAUUCAAAGCCUGGACAUGCCGAUACGUUGGCUUUUGAUAUUCAAAGAGGAAGAGAUCAUGGUCUGCAGCCAUAUUACAAGUAUCUGGAAGUUUGCAGCAAUCUAACUCAAGUUACAAGUUGGAAUGAUUUGGCAGCAGUUAUUCCCAAAAACGUUUUAGUUAAACUGCAAAAUGUCUAUCAGAGCUGGAGUGAUGUGGAUCUUAUUGUGGGCGGCAUUGCUGAGCACACUGUUGAAGGAACGAUUGGACCUACCUUUAGUUGCAUUCUAUCUGAACAAUUUGCCAAAAUACAUCAACGCCAUCAGCUAGACAGAACCACAUUGUACUCCUCACUUCUGGACUCUUAUCGCCAUAUAGAUGGCACGAAACUCUUGUGCUUAAAUUCGGAACUUAAGUCUGUGCCAAAGAACAUCUUCAAGUUACCAACGAAAGGAAAUCGCCUUGUUGGUUGUGACGGUGUCGUAUAAUUAUUUUACCAAGCGCCUUCUGAUAUGUGAAGAACACAAUUAAUGUUUUUAGAUUAAGUUCCAAAUACCAAAAAAUAAAUUCGAGAAUUUUAACAAUAUAA